AUGGAUAUAUUGAAUGUUGCAAAAAAAUUAAAUGAUGAAAAACAUCAUUCCGUUCGAAAUGAUGAUGUAUUUAUUGAUCGACUCAAUCAUAAAUAUACAGUAACAAUGAUUUUAGUUUUUGCUGUUAUUGUUACAACUGAACAAUAUAUUAUGUCACCUAUAAAAUGCUGGGUACCUGUACAAUUUAAAGAAGAAUAUGAAAAAUAUGCUAACAAUAUAUGUUGGAUAAUGAAUACAUAUUAUAUUCCUAUGGAGCAUGAUAUUCCACCAGCUGAAACAAUACGAUAUGAACAAACAUUGAAAUAUUAUCAAUGGUCACCAUUUAUUCUUCUAUUUAUGGCAUUAUGUUUUUAUUUUCCACAUAUUGAAAAAUUAGUUGAUGCAGCUUUAAAACAAGAACAACAAGUUAAUCAACGUGCAGAACGAGAGAAAACAAUUAAUCAUAUUACAAAUUCAAUACGUGUCUAUAUUGAAAAUCGGUAUACUUCUCCAACACAACUUGAUUAUCGUGGAAAAAAUUGUUUUCAACAAUUUUGUUAUUCCCUAACAUUUUGGCGUCAUCAUCAUUUAAGUUCAUUUAUAGUUUUAUUAUUUACAUUUAUUAAAUUCUUAUAUCUUUUUAAUUCAUUAGUACAAAUAUUUCUGUUAAAUGCUUUUUUGGGUAAUGAUUAUCUUUUAUUUGGUUUUAAAGUUAUUGUAAAAUUUAUUCGUGGUCUUGAUUGGGGUGAAUCAAAACGAUUUCUACGUGUUACAUUAUGUGAUUUUCAUAUACGUGAAGUAGGUAUUGUACAUCGAUAUACAGUUCAAUGCGUUUUACCAAUGAAUUUAUUUAAUGAAAAAAGUGAUUUUAUAUCAUGGUUAUUACGUAUUAUACGCGUUGAUAGUCGUUCAGCAUAUGUAAGAAGAAAGUUAUCCAUGAAACGUGCAGCAAUAAAUGAACUUAUUGAUGAAUUUACUAGUCCGAAACAAAUCAAAUUAAAUGAAAAACUUCUUAGUGAAUCUUUUGUUCGCGAUUAUUUACAAGAAGAUGGUUGUUUUGUACUUCGUCUUCUUGCACGCAAUGGAGCAGAUAUUAUUGUUGGUGAAAUAAUUGAUAAAUUAUAUAAACAUUUUCGUACAAUUUAUAAUCAUGAUCAUAUCUAUUUUGAUUAG